AUGUCAGGGAGCAAGAAAUAUAUCCCGCCAGCCAAGCUACGGGCUUUAGCCUUAGAGCAGUCCAAAGAUACCGAUCCAUCAUCAUUGGAGAAUCAACAGGAAUCGUGGCUUGCCCUCAAGAAACGUCUUACAGGGACCAUCAACAAGCUUUCAUCACAAAAUAUCCAACAGAUGGUGGUUGAGUCGUUCCAACAGAAUUUGGUCCGCGCUCGGGGAAUUCUUACCAAGACAUUGAUAUCCAACCAAUUACAAUCAGGAAACUACACAGCAGUGUACUGUUCAUAUGUCAGCGUGAUCAAUUCAAAAAUCCCAGUAGUGGGAAAAUUGCUUGCAGUGAGACUCGUGUUGAAUUUCAGAAAAUACUACAAACGAAACGAUAAAAAAGGUCUACAAGGAACUUUAAUAUUUUUGGCAGGUUUAAUGAAUUUCGGAGUGAUCCACGAGGUAUUACUUCUUCAAAUCUUAUUAUUACUCUUGAAUGAUGCUAAAAUGUCCAAUAAUUCUAUCGAGUUGGCAACGGUGGUGCUCAAACAUGCUGGGAACUAUUUGAUGGUAUUCAAUCUUAAAGUGUUGGAUAAAAUUUUCCAAAAAUUGCGAGAGAUUCUAAUAAAUUACAAACAAUUAACAAAGAAAAACCAGUAUUUGAUUGAAGAACUUUUCAAGAUCAAAGCUGCAAGAUUCGAAAGUUAUCCCAUGAUUCCUGAUGAAGAAAAACUUGAUUUAGUGGAAGAAGAAGAUGGGAUCACCCAUAUGGUGGAACUAGACGAUAAAACAUUGAAAGCAGAAAACCAACUCAAUGUUUUCAAAUUCGAUGAAAAAUAUCUAGAAAAUGAGCAGCAAUACAGCGAGUUGAAAAAAGAGAUAUUGGGUGAUGAUGAGGAUGCCCUUGGUAAUGAUAGUGACGAGAGUGAUGAUGACAAGAGUGAUGAAAAUAUCAGUGAAACUGAAGAAUCAAAAACACAAGACGCAACUAUCACCGACAUGACAGAAACUGAUCUCAUUAACUUCCAAAAAGCAGUGUACUUAACUAUAAUGUCGGCUAUGAGUUCCGAUGAAGCGGUGCAUAAGCUUCUUCAACUCGAUAUUCCAGGGGUUUCCAAAUCCAAACAAGGGAGUAACAAUACCCAGUUCCAAGAGAAAUUAAUUGAUAUCAUCAUUAAGUCCUCUUCGCUUGAAAAGUCCUUCUCCAAAUAUCACGCCCUCAUUGGCUCUAAACUCUGCAGCAUUUCUUUCCAAUGGCACGCCUCGUUCAUAAAAGUAUUUGGUACAUACUAUACCACCUGUCAUUUAUUCAAAGCGGGUCAACUACGGAACAUUGCUAAAUUUUGGGGGUUCUUGGUUGCCCUGGAUGUAUUAUCAUUUGAAAUCUUUGAAAAUGCCCAAUUAACAGAGGAAUCUACAACAUCGGCGCAACGUAUUUUGUUGAAAGGGAUAUUUGAAUCAAUGGUGGAAAAUACAGGAUUGCCAAAAAUCAAGGAGAUGAUUCUGGGAGAAGACCAAGUCAUUGCCAAGCAGGUUGCAGGUAUUUUUCCAAACAGCAAGAUUGCGUUGCUUAAUGAUAAAGAUGCAGAUAUCAGUGACUCGUCGAAUUUUGCGGAAAUAUUAAGAUUCAGUAUUAAUUUCUUUACUGCCAUUGGUUUAGGAGCGUUGACCGAGACAAUGAGAGAUGAUUUGGCAGGAUUGCCUCAUAAGGAAGUGGAAGAAAAGAAGGAAGAGAAGGAGGAGAAGAAGAACAAGGAGAAGGAGCAGGAGGAGGAGUUCCUGGAUCGAGGUAGAACUAUGGAAAGAAGAGGGAAUGGAUCAGGUUCAAAAAGUAUAUCAAGAUCGGGUAGUUAUUCUAGAGGAGGAUCGCAUUCUCCAAGAUCACAAAGCUAUUCUAGGUCUAGAAGUUAUUCUAGAUCUCCAAGAUCUCGUAGCUAUUCAAGGUCGCGAAGCUACUCCAGGUCUCCAAGAUCUCGAAGCUAUUCAAGAUCAAGGAGCUACUCCAGAUCCCCAAGAUCGCGUAGCUAUUCAAGAUCAAGAAGCUACUCAAGAUCAAGAAGCUACUCAAGAUCAAGAAGCUACUCCAGAUCUCCAAGAUCGCGUAGCUACUCCAGAUCCCCAAGGUCGCGCAGUUACUCCAAAUCCCCAAGACCUCAAAGGUAUUCCAGAUCUCCGAGCCCAGAAAGAAAGAGACAUAAGGCCGAUUCCGAAAACGCCCGGAAUAGUGGGCUUCCAACAGGUCCACGAAAUGGCAGGUAUAACUCUAGACCCAGAGGAAAUUAUAACGGAGGCUACAGAGGAAAAACCGAUACAUACCGACCACCAGCUACAACGCAGGAUAAACCAAAAAAAAAUCAGUCGGCUAGUGGUGACGAUCCGAAAAAUCAUGAAGCAUUUGCAGACCAGAAGAGAUCUGAAACAGAUCAUCCAGAUGACCCAGACCAACAAGAAGCACCACCAGCUAAGGAUGCACAGAAUUAA